UUUAGAUGAUGCAAUUGCUGGUGAGAUAGAUGUAUUAAUUACAUCUACAUUUACGUUAACAAACGAAAACUACGAAAUAAAAACAAUAAAAGUAGUUAGUGAUGAAGAUGAAUAUGGUGUAGUGGAUAGAGUGAGUGAUGUAGGCAAGUCAUCUACUCAAGAACAUAAUGUUGGCGAGUCUUCUACUCAAGAAUGCGACAACUAUGUAUUCCAUGCAGAUAAUAAACUUAUAAGAUUGAUUGAUACACCUGGAAUAGGUGAUACCAGAGGAAUCGAAUUUGAUAAAAAAAAUUUUGAAAAUAUCUUAAAGAAUAUAAGUCAACAUGAAUAUCUGAACGGAAUUUGUAUACUCCUUAAGCCUAACGUUUCACGACUGAGCAUAUUAUUCAAAUUUUGUAUACAAGAAUUAUUAUCACAUCUUCAUAAAAGUGCUAAGGACAAUAUUGUCUUCUGCCUUACCAAUACAAGAGGAACAUUCUUUCGUCCAGGAGACACACUUCCAGUACUACAAAGACAACUCCAAGAACUUAAAGAAAAUUUUAAUAUUGAAAUAAAGAUUUGUAAUGAUAUAAUAUAUUGUUUUGAUAAUGAACCAUUUAGAUUUUUAGCUGCAAAGAAGAAAGGAAUCAUAUUUCCUGAUGAUCAAAAAAGAAACUUCGUAUCUAGUUGGGAAAAAUCGUCUCAAGAAUCAGUGAGACUCCUUCAAUAUAUUACAAACCGUACACCUCAUAAAAUAGCUGAUACUAUAUCGCUCAAUAAUGCUAGACAAACUAUAAUGAUAUUUCGUGAACCUCUUGCAGAAAUAGAUAGAAAUAUUCAAGAAAAUAUCGCCGAAAUUAGAAAGCUAAAAGUAGAAAUUCAAAAUGCAGACUUAACUGGCGAGGAACUUAGAAACAAGCUAUAUUUUCCAUAUAUAAAGCUUAAGAUAAUACCAUUGGAUCGACCCAGAGUU